UCCCCCAGGUGUGCCCAGGUGGGGUCACCUUGGGGCGGCUCCGCGGGGCUUUAAAAGGGACCGGGAGGGACCGGGAGAGACCCGAGAGACGGAGCCAUGGGCAAAGAGAGUUUGGAGCUGCGCCCCUCCCCCCGGGGGUGGGGCCGGCGCAAGGAGCGGCAGCGGCUGGAGGAGAUGAAGCAGGAGCUGGAACUGGACGAUCACAAACUGGACGUGAAGGAGCUCGAGAUCAAAUAUGGCACCAGCGCCACCAAGGGCCUGUCCGAGGCGGAGGCGGCCGCGCGGCUGCAGCGGGACGGGCCGAACGCGCUGCGGCCGCCGCGGGGCACGCCGGGCUGCGUGCGCUUCGGCCAGCAGCUGGCCGGGGGGCUGCAGUGCCUCAUAUGGGUGGCGGCCGCGAUCUGCCUGAUCGCCUACGGCGUGCAGCGCGGGCAGGGCGACCGCGGCAGCUCGGACAACGUGAGUGACACACCUGGGCACAGGUACAGCACACCUGGGCACACCUGGGCACACCUGGGGGCAGUUAUAGCACACCUGGGCACACACACACCCACCAUCUGCCUGAUCGCCUACGGCGUGCAGCGCGGGCAGGGCGACCGCGGCAGCUCCGACAACCUGUACCUGGCUGUGGCCCUCAUCGCCGUUGUGGUGGUCACCGGCUGCUUCGGCUACUACCAGGAGUUCAAGAGCACCAACAUCAUCGCCAGCUUCCGCAACCUGGUCCCGCAGCAAGCCACGGUGGUGCGGGCGGGGCAGACGCUGCUCGACCUGGGCGACCUGGUGGAGAUCAAAGGCGGCGACCGAGUCCUGGUCGACAUCCGCGUGCUGGCGGCGCAGGGCUGCAAGGUGGACAACUCCUCGCUGACCAGGGAGUCGGAGCCGCAGACGCGCUCACCUGAGUGCACCCACGAGUCCCACCUGGAGACGCGCAACAUCGCCUUCUUCUCCACCAUGUGCCUGGAAGGACGGCCACGGGGCUUGGUGAUCGGCACGGGGGAGCGCACGGUGAUCGGGCGCAUCGCCAGCCUGGCAUCGGGCGUGGGGAACGAGAAGACGCCGAUCGCGGUGGAGAUCGAGCACUUCGUGGACAUCAUCGCCGGGCUCGCCGUCUUCUUCGGCGCCACCUUCUUCCUGGUGGCCAUGCUGAUCGGGUACCCGCUGCUGCGCGCCGCCGUCUUCUUCAUGGCCAUCGUGGUGGCCUACGUGCCCGAGGGGCUGCUGGCCACCGUCACGGUACGGGCAGGGCGCACCUGGGGGCACCUGGGGGCACCUCAGGGGGUUGGGGUUGAGGAACAUUUGAGGUUCUGGGGGUUUGGGGAGCUCUUCAUGGCCAUCGUGGUGGCCUACGUGCCCGAGGGGCUGCUGGCCACCGUCACAGCUGCAAAGCGCGGCUUCGGCAGAAAGACGCCGGCAACCGCCGCUUUCCUGCGGACAGCUGCGGAGAGCCGAAGACUGCGUCUCUAG